AUGGAAGCAAUUGCAGAGAAGUCUGCAGGCGGUAGUGGUAGGAGAGGGGGCAGGAGGGAGUUAAUUAGAUCAUUAAUUAGACACAAAGAACGUACAGGAGCAGAAGUUGUUUCCGAAAAGAGGGAGGAACGAAAGAAGCAACAUGUCAAUAAAUACGGCGAUAUUGACGAGAGGGACAAGGUAGGAAAACGAAGGGAGGAAGACAAUGAAUUUUGGGAGGAGGAGGAAGAGGAUCUGGUGGGCUCGACAGCGGUAGUGAAGAGAGAAAGAAGGGUAACGAGGAGAAAUAUGAAGAGGACAUUAAUGACGAAAAGGGAGAUCUUGAGUGAAGUGGGAGAAGGAGACCCAGAGGAAGAAGGAAGCGAAGAGACAACAGAAGGGGAUGUGCAGAGAGAUGAUGUGGAGAUGAGAGAUGGAGAAGCCGAGAGGGAACACGUUCUAGAUAGAGAGGAGGAGGAGAAGCUUGGCAGCAACAGUAGUAUGGAAGAUGCAGAGGAUGAAGAAUUUGAUGCAAUGCUCAGAUUAAUGGAGAACUGUGUCAGUUAG